ACAAAAGAAGUAGUUCGCGUUGUGCUUUUCUUUGUCGGAACGAAAUGAUGUGUUCCUCUGCAGGUGUUGGAGGAUAUCAUAGAAGGUACGAUGUAUUCAUUAGCUUCAGAGGAGAAGACACAAGGACCAACUUCAUUAGCCAUCUCCAUAGUGCUCUCAUAAACAAAAAGAUUCGUGUUUACAGAGACUAUGAUAUUAAUAGAGGAGAUGAUGUUUGGCCUUCACUUGCGAAAGCGAUAUCGGACUCCCAUAUAUCGCUUGUUGUUUUCUCACAAAACUAUGCCUCUUCAAAAUGGUGCUUGCAAGAACUGGUGAAGAUAAUGGAAUGCAGAAGAGAACAUGGACAAGUUGUUAUACCAGUGUUCUACCAAAUUGAUCCAUCACACGUGCGGAAGCAGACAGGGAGCUACGAGAAAGCAUUCGCACAACACGAUCAAGAUCGAUCCAACCAACUCACAGGGUGCUGUUGGAGAGAUGCUCUCACUCAAGCUGCCAGUAUUGCUGGAUGGGACUCUCGAACCCAAAAGGACGAUUCUGAAGUCAUCCAAAACAUUGUCAAUGAUGUUUUGCAGAAGCUAUACCCGCAAUACACUAUUGAAUUGAAAGGCAUAGUUGGAAUCGAGGAAACAUGUAAACACCUUGAAUCAUUACUGAAAAAGGUUCGGGUAAUUGGAAUUUGGGGUAUAGGUGGGGUAGGUAAGACAACUAUUGCUAAAGCUUUAUUUGCCAAACUCUUUCUCCAGUAUGACAAUGCUUGUUUCUUGGAAAAUGUAAGAGAAGAAUCAAAAAGGGUAGGACUAAAAUCCUUACAUGAUAAGCUUGUUUCUGAGCUACUAAAGGGAGAAAAUCCCGUAUCUAGUGUUGUAGGAUCCACUUUCUUGAUGAGCAUACUCAGUAGUAAACGAGUGUUCAUUGUACUGGAUGAUGUAGAUCAUUUUGAGCAAUUAGAAUAUUUGUGUGGAGAACAUAGUGGUCUUGGAGAAGGUAUCAGACUUAUUAUAACAACAAGAGAUAAGCAUUUACUUAGUGGAAGAGUUGAUAAGAUAUAUGAGAUCAAGGAAUGGAAGUACAAAGAAUCUCUAGAGCUUUUGUGCUUAAAUGCCUUCAAGCAAGGGCAUCCUCAAAUGGGAUAUGAAGGUCUCUCAGAUAGGGCAGUGCAUUAUGCAGGGGGCAUUCCGUUAGCUUUAAAAGUUUUGGGUUUGCAUCUCUACUCUAGAAGCCGAGAAUUUUGGGAAUGUACAUUGAGAAAACUCGAAAAGCAUCCCAAUGAGGAUAUUUUGAACGUGUUAAAAGUGAGUUAUGAUGGAUUAGAUGAUCUAGAAAAGAAAAUAUUUCUAGACAUCUCAUUCUUUCUCAAUAUGAGAGGCAAAAAUGAAGUCAUAAAGAUACUUGAUGCUUCUGGUUUCUAUGCAGCUAGUGGAAUACAAGUCCUUGAAGAUAAAGCUCUGAUAACUGUUGGACUUGGCAAUAGAAUACUAAUGCAUGAUUUGUUACAAGAUAUGGGUUUGGAAAUAGUUCGUCAAGAAUGUAAGGAAAACCCAGAAAGACGUAGCCGGUUGAUGGGUAAUGAAGCUUAUGAUGUGCUUAAAAAUAAGAAGGGAACUGCUGCAGUUGAAGGAAUAACAUUAGAUUGGUUUCCAAUAGAUUUUCAAUUUAGAGCUAACACAUUCAACGGGAUGACUAAAUUGAGAUUUCUUCAAUUAUACACUCCCUCUAGUGAGAGAUCCCAUACUGUGCAUCAUCAUACCGUUCUUGAUGCAGUUUCUGAUGAAUUGAGGUACCUUGAGUGGAUUGGAUUUCCUUUUAAGUCUCUUCCACAAACUUUUUGUGCUAAGUUUCUUGUUGAGAUCUACAUGCCUCACAGCAACGUUGAAGAACUUUGGCAUGGAGUGCAAGAUCUUGUGAAUUUAGAGUUAAUUGAUCUAAGUGAAUGCAAACAGCUGAUGAAGCUCCCGGAUUUGUCUAGAGCUUCAAAACUUACAACGGUGUAUCUCUCCGGUUGUGAAAGUUUGUGCGUUGUUCAUUCAUCCCUUUUAUCUUUGGAAACACUUGUUCAUUUGAGGCUGAACAGGUGCAAAAAACUCAAGAGUCUUAAAGUUGAAAAACAUUUGGGAAUUCUGCAGGAUCUCUAUGUCAAUGGUUGUUCGAGCCUCACAGAAUUUUCAGUGUCAUCUGAGCUAAUGAAAUGGUUGGAUUUAAGCCAGACAGGAAUCAAAAUAUUGCACUCAUCAAUCGGUCGUCUAAGCAAUCUAUUGUCACUAAAUCUUGAAGGUUUAAGACUUGAGAAUCUUCCGAACGAGUUAUCUUGCUUGACUUCUCUUAAGAGGCUUAAGAUUUCUAAGAACGGACUAGUAAUUAACAAAGAGAAGCUACAUGUCCUGUGUGAUGGCUUGGUAUCUUUAAGAAGACUACAAUUGAAGGAUUGUUAUGCGUUAUCUGAACUUCCUGAUAACAUCAUCAACUUAUCAUUGUUACGAGUACUAAUUCUCGAUGGAAGCAGCAUUGAGAGGUUGCCUUCAAACAUCAAACAUCUUCUAGAACUACGGAUUCUGUCCUUAGAGAAUUGUAGGAAGCUUCAGUUUCUACCUGAGCUUCCAUCAUCCAUCCUACAGCUUCAUGUCAACAACUGUACCUCAUUGGCUAUGGUAUCCAAUUUAAGGACAUUUUCAACAGAUAAGGAAGAUAAGCAGUGGAGCAUUUCCUUCAAGAAUGGAACAAAAUUGAAUGAAUAUUCACUCAUCUGCAUUAUGGAAGACAUCCAUUUCACAAUGGCAAUGGCUGCAUUUAACAAUGAAUUACAAAGAAGGUUUGGUAACAAUCCUGAGGAUUAUUUUUACAGUAGUGUUGAUGUUUGUUUACCAGGAAGUAAUGUCCCAAGGAUGUUCACUUAUCGAUCCACAGAGUCUUCACUUGCCAUUGAACUUCCUGGUUAUGACAAACGUUCCAACUUAAUAGGCUUGUUUUACUCUAUGGUUCUUUCUCCAUCCGAUAACAUGGUGCUGCAGCAUGGAGCUAAAGUCCAAGGUCAAUGCUAUCAGGCAAAUGGUACAGCUGUUGGAUACCCAGUUACAUGGUCUCUCAAAGCCAUUAGUAAAUUGAAUUCAGAUCAUGUUUUUGUACGGUAUGAUCCAUUCCAAUCUAACUUCAUUCGUGACUGUUCUGAACAAAAUCUUUAUUUUAAGUUCUAUGUUACAACUGCUAGUGGAGAAUGUGAUGAUCUGAUCAGUGUCAAAGAGUGUGGACUCCACCUACUGUGUUGUUCAGACUCACAGUUUCACAGUUUAUUAUCAGAAUUAGACACAGAGCAAAACCAACUUGGGAACAGAAUGAAUGGCAGACUGUUAGAUGCAUUGAAGUUGUAAGAGUUACUGAGAUCGGAGGUUGAAUCAUCACAAAGCCAUUUUAACAGCAAUUGAAAAGAGACAUUGAAAGAAAUCUAAUGAAUUGAUAUUCCCUCCCCUUCCCAAGAUUGCUUAGUUAAAAGGGAGUUAAAAGAAAUUGGCACUUUGGACUUGAGGAGCUGAAGUUGUGUGUUCCAGGACACUUUUGUGGGGGAACACAAUGCUGACUGAGCAUAUAAAAGCAAAAAAUUUCUGAAAAAGCAGCAUCUUGACAUUUUUAUCUUUCUUUUUUUAGAACAUUCUGGAACGCAGAAACUUAAGUUUUUACAUACAGUUUACAUAGAAUAUGGUAGUUAGGAUAUUGUCUUUACAUCUUUGCUUGAAAAUUCUUAUGAGAACUUGAAUUUUAUCUCAUUUUCUCUGGUUUAUGUAAUAGAACAAUAACUUUUUCAUUUCAUCCACUUGUUGUAAGCUCUUCUGUAAACAUGAAUUCAGUAUUUGUAAUAUAUUUCAGUUUUAUAUUAUCUCCUUACAUUAUGU